AUGGAUGAUGAUACAUUCAGUCAACUGGUGUUCUGUGUGAUGAUCAUCUCCUCCGUUUGCACACCAUUGAUCAACUCACUGUACAAGCAUCGCCCUCGAGUCCUACAGUCAGCAUCGUUAUACGAAGGCCAUAUCAGAACCAUUCAAAACGUACCAAGAAACACAGAGUUUCGCAUGAUUUGUUGCCUACACAACGAACUAAACGUGCGUGGCGUCACUGCCUUGUUAGAGGCGAGCAACCCCAUGAUAGAGAGCCCCAUAUGCGUCUACGCCAUACAUCUCAUCGAGCUCUUAGGAAAAAGCACACCCGUUCUCAUUCCCAUAAACUAUAGAGUAAACAACAAAUCUUUGUCCGUUAAUUACCCCCACACCAACCACAUCAUGCGAGCCUUCGAAAACUACGCCAGCAACUCAAGUGGGCCAGUCACGGUUCUCCCCUACGUCAACGUGGCACCCUACAAAAGCAUGGACGAUGCCAUUUGCAACCUCGCGCAAGACAAGAUGGUGCCUUUCAUUAUCAUCCCCUUUCACGAAAACGACAAAAUGCAAGUUGUGGACCACACGGAAGCCUCCAUCCGCAAAAUGAACGCGAGGUUUCAAACGCAUGUUCCAUGCACGUUGGGGAUUCUCGUGGACAAGCACUCGCAGCUGGGCGUGUCCAAAACCAACGUGUUUUUCAACGUGGGGAUAUUCUUCAUAGGUGGGCCAGACGACAGGGAAGCGCUGGCCUUGGGGAUUCGGAUGUCGGAGCGUGAGAAUACGAGGGUGUCGUUGUUCCGGUUCGUGGUGAACAAGAAAGAUUACGGUAGAAAAAUUGUUUUGACGAAAGAUGAACGUGAAGAGGAAGACGAGGAUUUGAUGUUGGACGAGGGGUUAAUUGAUGAGUUCAAGAGCAUGAAAUAUGGGAUGGGUAGCGUUUCUUGGUUCGAGAUUAUGGUGGAGGAUGGGGUGGCAGUGUUGGACGCAGUGCAUAGUUUGGAGGGAAACUAUGACCUUGUGAUGGUGGGAAGAAGGCACAACGAUGGGUCUUUGAACGGGGAGGAAAUGGGAACAUUCAUCGAGAAUGCUGCGAUAUUGGGAAUUUUGGGUGAUUUACUCUCCUCCAACGAGUUUUGCGUUGGGAUGAUUCCUGUUUUGGUGACACAGUGUGGUGGGGUAAACCGUAGUGGUAAGCUCGACGGUGGUACUGGCUCAUUUAAUGUCUCUCAACGAACUUGUUCUGUUGCUAAUAAAUAA